UUUAUUUUUAUUUUUUUUUUUAAAAACAAAAAUCAAACAGAAAAAGAAUAAUAAUAAAAAAAUGCUUUGUGAACCCCUUCCAAGGGGUUCACUAAUGCUGAUGCUCUAAACAGUUACAGUCUCAGCGGAACAUAACUGUUUAUAUAAACUGACACAUUCCAUUUCACACAAGACUACGAAACUGUUUAAUCAGAAAAACAGAGAAACACACAAAAAGCAAAGAUGGAGAAAACAGAGGAAAGUGUCGGAAUCAGAGUCUACACGCCGCAAAAACCAUCACCAUCGCCACCGUCUCGCUCUCCCAAACCCUUAUUAAUCUCAUCACUUCCCUCACUUCCCCCAGGAGCCGCAGCCGGAGGAGGAAGAGGCCGCAAACGCCGCAUGGUCGCUCAAGGAGUUCAAAAAACGGUUUCAAAGACAUCGAUGAUCGUCAACUUCCUCCCGACAGGAACUCUCCUGAUGUUCGAAAUGGUUCUCCCGUCUAUCUACCGAGACGGAGACUGCAACGGAAUCAACACGCUCAUGAUCCAUCUCCUCCUCCUUCUCUGCGCAACGUCUUGCUUCUUCUUCCAUUUCACCGACAGUUUCAAAGCCGCCGACGAGAAAAUCUAUUACGGUUUCGUGACGCCGCGUGGACUCGCCGUGUUCAUGAAACCGCCGCCGCCUGAGUGCGGAGGCGGAGGAGACGCGUUCGCGGAAGCCGAGAUUCCGGUGACUGAUGAGAGGUAUAAGUUGAAGGUUAACGACUUUGUUCAUGCGGUGAUGAGCGUUUUGGUGUUUAUGGCGAUUGCGUUUUCGGACAGGAGAGUCACGGGUUGUCUCGUUCCGGGGAAACAGAAAGAGAUGGAUCAAGUUAUGGAGAGUUUCCCAUUAAUGGUCGGAAUCGUUUGCAGUGCUCUAUUUCUUGUCUUCCCGACCACUCGACGUGGUGUUGGAUGCAUGUCUGCUUGAUUUUUCUUUAAGUAUGUUCUGUGUGUUUUGUGUAUUUGUUGUAUUGUCGUUUUGCAUGUAAUUCAGAUAACUUGUAUUGAACUCUACUAUCUAAUCGUCACCUAUUGUAUUGCACUGUAAAAUAAAAACGUUGUUAGUCACAUUGUGAUCAUUAUGUUGUAAACUAUUAGCAGGCUUUCCAUCUGGUCUCUUGUAAUCUCUAAAACAGUCUCCAAUGGCUGUUGGUGUACCCUGAUACACCAGUUUAUAUAAAGGUAAGAAACAACGUCUGAGAAUUUUAGUCUUGUUCUACUACUAAAGAUUAGGCUCUUACAGUGAAAUGUUUAUCAACAUCAUUUAUAUAAAGGCAACAAUCUUCCAGUCUAGCUCUCCUCCAUAUGUAUGGCUACCAUUAUUUAGAACAACAGGUUGCUAACAUUACUGUCACUAGCAUCUGCUCUCUUUCCAUUCUUGAAAAAACAACAACAAAUAUAUUUUAAAAGACAAGCAACAAAGAUAUGAAGAAUCCAUGUACCGAAGUUACUCAUCAGAAUGUAUACAGAAUCACAAACUCCCGAGUUGAUCGAAGGUUCAGAAAAAUAACUUUUGUAAUCACUAAACCUAAGAAGCGAGCAAACUAAAACUAGAAACCAAAAAUAUAAACAUCUAAAAGUUACUCAUCAGAUAGUAUCUUAGUUUAUAUUUUGAAAAGAUAUUAUAUAUAUUUCAAUUUUAUAAAUUAGUUAAUAC